UGAUUGAUGAAGAAUUGCCGCUAGAAUAAUUUCAAAAAGAUGGUGCUAUGACCUAUGUUUUCAGCAAGUCUUAGACGUUUUUCCCAAAACACUGGCAACAGAAGAUUAUGGAUGAUGAGUUCCAGUAAUAUUCAUUUCAUAUACUCGUAGUGAUGAUGUCGUUGCUUCAAUAUUUCUACUUAAUAAUUUGUACCGUCAUGACUCAGGACUUCCUCUUUGGACUGAGAUUUUUCCGUGAUUCAACUAAACACUUUCUUCGUAAACUUUUCCGACUCCUCCAAUUCCCAAAAAAAUCUAGUGGAUGGACAGUUGUUUUCACAUGUAUGCAUGACCAAAUAUAUCUCAUUUUGUUCGUCUACCAUUGUUUGAUAUGGACAGCUUCUGUUCCCACCACUGUAGCCCAGAGUCACAAUUCCACAACGUCUCCACUCCAUCAUGCAGUUUCCAGUGAUUCGAAAAUCUCAACACCAAUUCCAAUCGUUCCAAAGUUAGAUUUUUUACCGUUUGGUGUUUUCAACAAAAUAUUUGGACUUUCACCAAAUUUCGCAACUCCCUCACAACAUAAAGUUUCCAGGAUUAGAAAAAGUGUAAAACCAGAUUUGGAUUUUCCAAACCAACCUUUUUUUAAAUUCGACAACACAUUUACCUUUUCACCAAUUUCAAAAUUCGAGAUUGCCACUGUUAGAUCUGUGUCUUCUGUUGAAAAUUCGGGAUGGCAUUUUAGUGUAAAUGGGAAUUACCAAAACAACCACAACGAUAAACCCGUUCGCGACGAUAUUACUAAUUUUCAUAGAAAUCUGCCGCCACUUGAUAUUCCAAGGUGGCGUAACCUUGGAACACCAAAUUUCAACGUACCAAGGCCUUCGGUAAAUGCUGGACCUGCAGGAUCUUCCGCUAAAUAUGGUGGAAUAGGAGGAGCAGCAGGGGUUGGUGUACUUGUCGCAAGUUGGUUCGCUUGUUGUAGAAAAAAAUCUAGAAACAGUCGGGAUGCUGAAGCAAAUGAAGAUCAACAAAAUGAUACAUCAGUUUCGACGGCAAGAAGUCAGGGACCACGUGCUUCUAAUAGACAUGUAGUAGAUGUUUAAAGUCACUCUGCUACAUACUAUUUAAAUCGUCUACCCUCUGUGUGUGUUGAAAAGCAUGGUUGAAAAGGAAAAAAGAAAGGCAAGCUUGUGAGUAAGAAUAAAGAUGUGAUUUGCUUUAUUCUUAGUUCUAUAAAUAGUUAGUUUACAAUGUAUAAAAUCAAUAAUACGCCACUUUUACAUAAA